GCUCAUACGCAAAGGAGAAUGAAAAAUACUAAGCUCUGGUCAAAACGCAAGUAUAGUGCAAAUGCAUCCCUAGGAGACCGGAAUCUCUGUUAUUCCUAAUCAUGAAGUAGGACAAGUUUUUUGGUAACCCGUUAAGGAUGAAAAUUGGAAAACUCACCUUAAUAUAUUUAACGGAAUUAGGCGAAAAAUAAAUGGCAAGUGGAAGGAUUUUCUACCCUAAGGCUUAAGGCUGCGCAGACAUGUAAACUCGGUGCAAUAUCCUGUUGCCAACCAGAUAAUUGGCCAGCAACGGAACGGCCCACCUUCAGAGCAUGCUCAAACUUGCACACGCACACACACACGCAUAGGGACCGAUGACUCAGUAGUCGGCAGCUCGUCCUUAGGAAUAAAAUGGAGAAUUAUGAUUGUCAAUUGUGAAAAAUAUAAUGAUAUAUGUAAAUAUAUUGAGCAACACUUUGAGUACGGAUAAUUUCGGAAAACGAUUGGCAGCUCCACCUAAUUUCGUCGGUUAGUGAAAUUAAAAAAAGUUCCAAUAAUGACAACCACCAGUGUGUGCAAGAGGAUUUCCUCGGCAACAGCAACAACUGAAAUAGCCACAGCGGUCUCAACAACAAAGCCUUCGAGCAAUUCAUCUCAGGGUACAUCGGUGAUUUGUGAGGAAGUAUUUGACGAGGCCUGCUUUCCCUCAUCCGACGAAAUUAACGACUAUGCAUCUCUUAUUGGCAUCGAUCCUCAUCGGGAACAGCACUUGCUUUACCUCGCUAAGGAAGGGCUCAUGGCCGCAUUGCCAACGGAUUGGAAAAUAUGUUACUCGGAGGAGAAAAACGGGCACUACUACCACAAUACGCGCACCAAAGAGUCGCAAUGGGAUCACCCGCUGGACGCAAUAUAUCGUGACUUGGUAAACCAGGCUCGCCAAAAGCUGGUGGAAACCACUGCAGUCGCCGAUACCUCCGAUGACCACUCGCAGUUGGACUCCGGCAUUCGUAGCAUGCAGGGCAUCGAUGAAAUCCCCUCGCCGGGUCCAAUGCCUCAAAACAAUUUCGCCAGGAAGCUGUCCUUGGCCAACAAGGCCAGCUUCUUGACACCAAGUCUACUGAACGGAGGUAAGAGUCGGUUCCUGGACUCGGCAUCCAAGGAUGGCGGGCGGUUCUAUCAGCUGGGCCUCGAGGUGGCCAAGUCGAAGCCGCAAAUCGCGGCCAAGCCUUGUCUGGCCAGCCACACACCGAAUGGGAAGUCGGAGAACUCCGAGGAACACGAUGGUAAGGCAGUUGGAGUGGGUAAAUUCUCCGGGGCGGUGUCCAUGUUUCAGAAGGCGCGUCGUCAGCUGGAGAGCGAUGGCUACACCUCGCCAUCGGGUGUGAAGGGUAUCCUGCGGGACUCCAGCAUAACCGACAUCAGCCGCCGGCUCGAUCGCCUUGAGCCAACGUCCGAGGUGGAGGACAAGAAGAGUGUGCGCUUUAAUCUCGACCAGGCGGAGCGGGUGAAGAACCUUCCCGAGGAGAACCUAUCCACAAAGCUGACGCAGACGUACAAGCGAAAGGAGAGCGAAGACGACGAGGACGAUCAGGACGUUGAGGUGGUGGUCGAGGAGGAUGAGGAAGCCAAGGAGGAGCCUCUCGUGUGGAACCAGGAAGGUGCCAAUCUCCAUGUCAUGGAGGGCCUAUACAACUUAAAUCCCUUUAUGCUAGACGCAAGUAGAUCUCUAAACGCAACCAGCGCACAAAAGUCCAAGGAAGCGGACAAGCCGAACGAGAGUGAGACACCCAAGCUGUUUUACGACGACACAGACUCCGAUUCGAAGGGCAGUUCUGUGCGCAGUUUUAUCAUUAACAAGUCGGAGCAGGACUCGUCCCUGCUGGCCGGCAACAAUGGCUUCGAUCUCGAGGAGCUGGGCCGCAGGCACAGCUACGAACUGGAGCAACUACAACUUAAGUCCGCGCAAGUAGCCCCCGACAAGUCGCUGUCCGGCAACUCGACCCUCAACCCCAUGUUCUCCGAUAGCAAACUAAGCGAGGCGCAGCUGCAGACCGAGUGCGAGGCCAUACGGCGGGAUCACGAGGCCAAGUUGAAGAGGUUCCGGCACGAGUACGACCUGCGCCUCACCUCGCACCAGCACAAGCUGGAGGAGGCCUUCGAGCUGCAGAUAGAGAAGUACCGCGUGCAGCUGGAGCGCCAGCUGCAGACCAAGCGGGGUCUCGUGGUCAGCGAGCACAAGAGCCGGAUCGACGCGCUGCAGAGCAACCACGAGGAGAUCCUCCGCGAACUGGAGCGCGAGCUGCACGGCGAGGAGGAGAUCCUGCGCCGCGAGCAGGCGGCCAGGCUCGCCCAGCUGCGCGAGAAGUACGCCCGGGAGCUGGACGCGGAGAAGCAGCGGUUCCGCGAGAAGGGCGAGGAGCGGCUGUACGAGAAGGUGCGCUGCGAGAAGCGACUGCUGGAGGACAAGUACCGCUGCCUGAAGGAGAAGUACGUUCGCCUCAAGACAGAUGUCAAGCUGUCUUUGGAGCGCAGGAACCGUCGCAGGGAGGCCCAGGUGGUGGUGUCCCAGCACACGCACACGCACACGAAUAGCGCCAAGUCCGGGACGGAAUUGGAGCGUUCCGUCGUCUAUUACAAACCGCAGUCGGGGAAUAGCGACAACCGAUCGCUCAGCUAUUCGGACCAGGCAAUCGCCGGCGAGGCCGUCGUGAAGCCAGCCGUGCCGCACAAGGGUCAGCUGACCAAGUCGUACAACAGCACAUGCAUUAGGCAGCUGCAGAUCCAGGACGACAACACAUCCAUUAGUCAGUCGGACACCACGCUGUCGAAUACCUACAACAACGGUCGCUACGGACCCUUUCUGAAGUCCGCCAGCGGCGUUCUCUCGGCCCGCACAGUCAGCGACAAUGGCAACUCGUCGCGGGAACUGGUGGGAACUGCGGUGGCCCUCCAAUCGAAUCUGGAGCGGAACAACAACAGCAACAGCAACAGCAAUCAGAUCAAGGAGCACGGCAGCACGGGCAUCAGCCGGAUCGUGUUCUCCCGCACCAAGUCGGCGUCCACCUCGCGCCUGAACUCGGACACCGGCUACAAGGGGGAGAGGCCCUGCACUCCCGUGGAGAAUCUGCGCCAUCAGCUGCAGAAGCUGGAGGCCCUCGAGGAUCAGUUCCCCGAGAACACCCUGGAUGCGCCGUACCGCCUGCGCUAUCCCUUCACCGACAUCUCCGUCAAGCCGAAUGGCGUCGGCUCCGAGCUGGAGUUCUUCAAGCACCGCAUCCACCUGGAGAGGGACUCGGUGCGCCGGGCCAAGGAAUCGCUGCGCACCCAGCGCACCAACUUCAGGCUGAGGCAGCGCGAGAUCGGCCAGCAGCGCAAGACGACCGCUCUGUCGCCGAAGCACUCGAUCGACCAGCUGAUCCAGGAGGAGAAGGAGCUGACCGAAAUGGAGGUGAACCUCCACCGCACCCGCUCGCUGCUGGGCGAGAAGAUCAUUCGGUUGCGGCACCUGGAGCAGAGUCUGCUGCGGAUCUACGAGAAGGAGAAGUCCAUCCUGGACCUGGGCACCAUUGACGAUGCGGCCACGCUGAGCGACUUGUCCUCCCACUCAAGCUCCGGCUUCAGCAGCACCGAGUUGGCCAGUGCCGCGGACUUCCACAAGAAGAAGGACUACUAUCAGCAGGAGUCGAACGAGUGCAUCGAGAACCUGGAGAUACUCAACGCGGAGAUCCGCGAGAUCCUGGACAUCUUCGGCCAGAAGCAGUACCAACAGCAGCAGCAGCAGCAGCAGCAGCAACAGCAGCAACAGCAGCAACAGCAGCAGCAGUCGCAUGAGCCAUCGCUUUGGUCGCAUGUGCUGAAGCACCAGCACUCCUCGGGCCAACUGCAGACCAACAGCUGCAGCCAGAACUUCUCGCUGUCCGACGACAUCGACGGCGGGGCGGUGCACAUUCCCCACUCGAUCCCCACGCUGGCCGACCGCCUGGAGACCUAUCGCCAGUUGGCCGCCGGCAGGAUGCAGAGCUCCAUGGGCGCCGCCAUCCUGACGGCCAACACGAUCGUUUCGCAGAGUCCGCGGGCGGUGAACUACACCACUUGUCUGGUGGAACGGACCCGGGAUCUCCGCAACUGGCUGCGACAGGCCAAGAACGAGCACGACUUCCUGGUCGGCGUGGGCGCCCAGCACGGCAUUGCGGCCCAGACUUCGGUGGGCGGAGUGGCCGAGUCGAGUGCCGCCGCGCAGACCGGACAUUGUGGGGCAUCCAGUGGCAGUGGCAGUGGCUCCAUCAUCAACUCGUCGACGCCGGCGGGCAGCACUGUGCGCGGCAAGAACGAUAUUUAAAUCAAGAAUGGCUAGUACAUAUUUUAAUUAACUAAAAUAUUAAUAGUUACUAUUUGUGAUCUUAUGUUUGUCUGAACAAUUCAUUAACA